UGAGAUAGCAGGAAGAGUGUUUUGCAUCUCGGAUGCCGACGUUUUGCACUGUGAUGGCAUGCAACCAGACUCCUGCAGACUUCUUUGUCGCUCCGAAUGCAAGCACCUGGCUCGCAGACUCCAGUUACACAGUGCUGCCCACCCCGCUCAGGAUACUACUGGCCAUUAUCAUGCUAUUCAUGAUUGCUGUUGGGUUUUUGGGCAAUGCUGUCGUCUGCCUGAUUGUCUACCAGAAACCAGCCAUGCGUUCGGCGAUCAACCUGCUUUUAGCUACCUUGGCUUUCUCGGAUAUCAUGCUGUCGUUGUUCUGCAUGCCUUUCACCGCGGUCACUAUUCUGACGGUGAGCUGGAACUUUGGGGCUCGCUUCUGCCGAAUAUCUGCCAUGCUGUACUGGUUCUUCGUCUUGGAAGGCGUCUCUAUACUCUUGAUCAUUAGUGUCGACCGAUUCCUCAUCAUCGUCCAGCGCCAAGAUAAACUCAACCCCCACCGUGCCAAAGUCAUGAUUGCGGUUUCUUGGGCCUUUUCCUUCUGCAUCUCUUUCCCUUCAGUGGUUGGGUGGAUGUUCGUAGAAGUCCCAAGCCGCGCUCCCCAGUGUGUCCUGGGCUACACAGAAUGUCUUGCAGACCGAGCCUACGCCGUGAUGCUUCUUGUGGCUGUUUUCUUUGUCCCAUUCAGCAUCAUGCUGUACUCUUACCUUUGCAUCCUGAACACUGUCCGUCGCAACACCGUCAGAAUCCACAACCACGCUGAGAGCGUCUGCUUGAGUCAGGUGAGCAAACUAGGCCUCACCGGGCUGCAGAAGCCUCACCAGAUGAACGUCGACAUGAGUUUCAAGACCAGGGCCUUCACGACUAUCCUCAUCCUUUUCGUUGGCUUCUCUCUGUGCUGGCUUCCGCACACGGUGUUUAGCCUGAUGUCUGUGUUUAGCAGAAAUUUCUACUACAGCCCUUCUUUCUACAUCACCAGUACCUGUGUGUUGUGGCUGAGUUACCUGAAGUCCGUGUUCAACCCUGUCAUCUAUUGUUGGAGGAUCAAGAAGUUCCGUGAGGCCUGUCUGGAGUUCAUGCCAAAAACAUUCAAGAUCUUCCCCAAAGUGCCUGGACGAACGAAAAGGAGAAUAAGACCAAGCACAAUUUAUGUCUGUAGCGAGCACCAAUCCGCAGUUUAGGAACCAUAAAAAAACUGAGCAGCUUGUAUCUUCCGUUACUGCCCUCGCAGCACCAUGUUGUUUUCUUUAAUGUAUUGACUGUAACCCAGAAAACUUGGGGAGUUUUGUUCUUGUUAUCCAUUAAACUGAAGCACUUCCCGCUUCCCACACUAGUCUCGUUGUCAGGUUAAACAAGUGUUGUGGUCUUACCAAAUACACUGCCAAAUAAAAUAUACUGCCUGUAUCAUUCUGUUUUCUUCUACUUAGGAAAAAAGCAUCACCAACACAACCAAGCACACUCAGUGAAAUAAUCAGUAUCGGAUUUUAGCUCCAUGACUCCCCAUUAUGUUAUUUAGGUUUGUCCUGCGAAGAGCAACACGCGGCAACAAAUCAGCAGUGUGAAGUCCGACAAAACACAG